AUGUCUAAUUCUGUGGAACAACAAUUUAGCGAGCUUAGUUUGUCACAAGAGGACCAUGAUCAAUAUGAACCUGAAGAUCACCAAGACCAAAGCCGGUCAUCAAAAGUUCUCAUCAGUGGGCUACCUCUACAUAUCCGCUUCGACAACAUCGAACCGCUGCUAUCACAGUAUGGCAACGUACAACACUGCGACAAAGCCAACUCCCGCGAUGCCAACACCCAAGCGGUGUUCAUCACUUUCGAGACUCCGGAGCAGGCGCAGCAAGCCAUCAAUGGUUUGAACGGAUGCGAGUUGGAGGGCAGUCGGAUGAAGGUAGAGGCAGCUGAGCAAAACCCUCGUGGCGUCAGGCGCGGACGCCCUGGUGGCGGCCGCGGCGGCGGCGGUGCCACUGGUGGCGGCUCGCGACCCACCGAUUUCCCGUUGCGGCUCCUCGUACAGAGUGACAUGGUCGGCGCUAUCAUCGGUCGCCAAGGCAGCACCAUCCGCCUCAUUACACAACAGAGCCGUGCACGCGUUGAUGUCCACCGCAAGGACAACGUUGGUUCUCUUGAGAAAGCUAUUACCAUAUACGGUAAUCCUGAGAACUGCACUAAUGCAUGCAAAAGAAUAUUGGAAGUCAUGCAACAAGAAGCCAAUAACACCAACAAGGGUGAGAUCUGCCUCAAAAUAUUGGCUCACAAUAAUCUAAUCGGCCGUAUUAUUGGUAAAGGCGGUAAUACUAUCAAAAGAAUCAUGCAAGAAACUGACACGAAGAUUACCGUCUCCUCCAUCAAUGAUAUCAACAGUUUCAAUUUGGAGCGUAUCAUCACAGUUAAAGGCACUAUUGAAAAUAUGGCUAAAGCGGAAUCGCAGAUUUCAGCCAAACUUCGUCAGAGCUACGAAAGUGAUUUGCAGAUGCUGGCACCGCAAAGCAUUAUGUUCCCAGGACUGCACCCCAUGGCCAUGAUGUCCACCGGACGUGGAUUCUGCGGCGCUCCUCCACCAUUCCCGCCUCCAAUAUACGCUCCUCUGCCGGGCCAGGGCGGGGCACAGCAGGGAGCUGGCGACUCACAGGAAACAACGUACUUGUACAUCCCAAACAAUGCCGUGGGCGCAAUCAUUGGUACAAAGGGCCUGCAUAUUCGUAACAUCAUACGAUUCAGCAACGCAUCUGUGAAGAUAGCCCCUCUGGAGCAGGACAAGCAAGGCGAGAACCAAAGCAAUCCCCAACAGGAGCGUAAGGUCACCAUUGUUGGCAGCCCUGAGGCUCAAUGGAAGGCUCAAUAUCUCAUCUUCGAAAAGAUGCGAGAAGAAGGUUUCAUGUCAGGCUCUGAUGACGUGCGGCUUACAGUGGAGAUAGUGGUGGCUUCAUCCCAAGUCGGCCGUAUAAUCGGCAAAGGCGGACAAAACGUACGGGAGCUGCAACGCGUAACAGGAUCGCUUAUUAAGCUUCCCGAACAACCGCAGCAGCAGCAGGGUGGCGGGCAGCAACAGGAUCACGAUACAACAGUGCAUAUCGUCGGCCCCUUCUACAGCGUGCAGUCGGCGCAGCGACGCAUUCGUGCAAUGGUUGCGCAGGCGAGCGCACCGGGCCGCCGCCGCGCCGCCCAACCGCCGCCUCCCGUGCAGCAGUAA